CUGUUUUUGGAGAUAGUCGAAUAUUGCAUGGAGGCUAGCUAUUUCUGUUUCGAAGGGCAGUACUACAAACAGGUAUUUGGGACGGCCAUGGGAAGCCCGUUGUCGCCGAUCGCGGCGGAUAUUGCAUUGGAUUCCGUAAUUGCUCAAGCUAUGAGAUCUCUACCGUUCGAGAUUACGAUAUUCCGAAAAUACGUGGACGACAUAUUCAUGGCGAUACCACGGAACACCGAGCAACAAGUCCUGCAGGCAUUCAAUGACGUCGAACCGAGAAUCCAGUUCACCAUCGAAACCGAGAAGGAGCAGAAGCUAGCAUUCUUGGAUUUAACGGUCAUCCGAAAUGCAGAUCAAAGCCUGACAACGGAGUGGUAUGCUAAACCUAUAGCAUCAGGGCGCCUGCUCAACUACAAGUCGUUCCAUCAAUGCAAACACAAGAUUAACGUAGCCAAAAACUUUAUUCAUAGAGUCUGGUACCUCACACGCAAUAAAUCCACUGUAGAGAUAGCUCAGAUCAUUCACCAGCAUCUCACACUGAACAACUACCCCAGGCAAUUGAUCAACCGACUACUCAACCUGUAUGGGAACAAACGACAACUAAGUUCUUUAACACAACGUCUCCCAACACUCGUAGCAGCCACCACCCCACCCAGCCGACCAUCAUGCCAGCAAUCACCCACACCACCCUCACUGAUCGAAAUCACCGAUGAUGCACCAGACAACACCCAAAGCCGACCAUCUCGCCAGCCUCCCACUCCGCCAGCCAUUCUGCCAGCCGUGCCCACACCCCCACUCUGUACACAACCAAGCACCUCGAACCAGAUACAGCAACAACAACCGGAAUCACCCUGCCUCCAACCUACUGCAAGUUCCAUCGACGUCAAUGAGCACCAAACAUCAGCAGAUCCAAACCGCAGCAUCAAUGAUCCCUCCAGAAGCACCGAAACCAUAACAGAACAACCUGAAACAACAAAAAUCGAUAAAAUUUAUAGAGCCAUACCAUAUAUACCUGCACUUUCUCAGCGAAUUACUAAAAUUUUGGCUAGGGACUAUUCCAAUAUAGCAAUCGCAACAAAACAGACCCGUGUGAUCAAAAAUCUUCACACACAGGUAAAGCACCCGGUAAAUAAAGAUGAUAUUAGCAAUGUCAUCUACAAAAUACCGUGCAACAACUGCGAUAGUUGCUAUAUUGGGAUGACCACAAACACUUUAAGGAAACGAUUAGCAGGCCACCGAUCCAAUAUAAACAGAUUAGAAAAACUGACCAAUGACAACAAUACUAACACAGAAAUAGCCAAAACAUCACUGAUAGAAACAACAACAGCACUAAUACAGCAUUGUAUAGAGACAGAUCACAGAUUCAAUCUAGAACACACACAAAUAAUAGACCAUAGCUACAGACAGUCCACACUCCCAUUUUUAGAGAUGUGUCACAUCACCAACACUAACCAUACAAUCAAUAGACGUACCGAUAUAGACAGACUCAGUACAACAUACGCAGCAGUGUUGCACGACAUUAAAAGUAGGAAUGAGCGAAACGAAACCACUACGGGAGAUAGCAUAGAUGAGAGGGAAUCAAUUACUCCAAUAGGGCACAGUAACCAGUCCAUAAGUUGAGAUAAAGAAGGACUGAAAGACAGAAAGAUUGCGCCAUUGCCAGUUAAAGUUGUGCGGUGAGAAAAGUGGAAGAUUUUAAAGUCAUGUACCGUAUAUCAUCAAACCCGACAGUUACAGUUAGACCAAACAUUAGACAAAUAACGACACUAGUAUUGUAAGUAACAGAAACCAGACAUUCCACACACAAUUAAUUCGAACAAAUGUUAAAUUAAAUUUUAGUACCCCCUGAGGAAGACACCCACCAAGUGUCGAAACGUUGGGUUAAUAUAUAACGUCGUUGGUUUAAUAAAGACUGCGUAGCCGAAAAACUAUAAAUUAAACCCUACAGUCGAUCAAUUACCAG